CCCCUGUUGCCGCGAGUGUGGCCCACCCCCCCCGGCAGAGGAGGAGAAGCCAUGCUGGCCCACUGCACAACCGCGUUGGUGCUGCUUGGGCUGCCGCUUGGAAUACAGGGAUUUGUGCCGUUACUCGCUAACAACGCUGCCGGUGCCAACAACGGCGCGGCAACGACACCCACGCCUGGUACUGCUGCUGCCGCGACUGGUUGCCGGCGGUGGCAGCAUGACCACACAAUAGCAAGUGGACCCUCCUCCUCAUAUGCGGCACCGCCGGCCCACGCCCUUCGCGCUGCGCCUCGGCCAGCGUCGCCAGCGUCGCUGCCGGAGUUCUUCAUGGCCCUCUUCGGCGGAAACAACGGGAGCUCGGCGACGAAAACCAGCAAGGCGGAGGAGCUGGAGGCGAACCUUCUGUCGGCCAUCGAAGGGGUUCAGGGCAGGGGGAGAGACGUCACCCAGGAGCAACGUGAGCUAGUGGACAAGGCCGUGGAGGCCCUGGAAAGCGACGGGGGCGUUCCGAAGGCGGCCUCGAGCCCAGUCGUUGACGGAAGCUGGAGGCUGAUCUUCACGACCACCCCGGGAACCGCUUCGCCGGUGCAGCGGUCGUUUGUUGGGAUGGAUGGCUUCGCCAUAUACCAGGACAUCGACCUCUUCUCGGAGGUGCCCCCGACGGUAACCAACGUGGUGGACUUCGGGCCCCGAGUAGGUCAGCUGAGAGUUACUGCUCUCGCCAGCACGCCUUCCAGGCCUAUGGAAGGCUUCGUCCCGAGGAAGGGCGACGGGCGUUUUUUUGGCCUAAAUAUAUUGGGGGUUAGCCAAACCACUCCGCCGGAGGACCCCAGCAGGCGCAUCGACUUCCAGUUCGAUGAAGCCGGCUUCGACUUCAAGGCGCUGCCCUUCAGCAUCCCCUACCCGGUGCCCUUUCGCUUGUUCGGGGACGAGGUGAAGGGGUGGAUAGACGUCACCUACCUGAGCGAGCGCUUACGGAUAGCAAGGGGAAACAAGGGCACCCUCUUCGUGCUCCAGCGGCCACCAUCCCCACCACCGCCAUCGUUUAUUUGAUAUAUGUUGAAUCGUCGUGAUUGCUUCCGUCCCCGGCGUUCGGUUGAGUCAUCGCACAUUCGCGCCCUGGACUCGGUCCCGUGCUCUUUUUAGUGCUUGAUCUUAUUUGGUUUCGAAGCGGGCCAUGCGAGUUUCGCUGCAUCUAGGCAUCUAUCUAGAUAUGUCUUUGUUUGUGUGUCUCUCCCUCUCCCUCCCUCGCUCUCUCUCUCUCUCUCUCUCUCUCUCUCUNCUCUCUCUCUCUCUCUCUCUCUCUCUCUCUCUCUCUCUCUCUCUCUCUCUCUCUCUCUCUCUCUCUCUCUCUCUCUCUCUCUCUUUCUCUCUCUCUCUGUCUCUCUCAGCUUUCGCACGGGAGAUCGGCAAUUAAAGUUCAGCCGACGCUAUUGUGAUGUUUUUUUGUAGCAUCUGCUGCUGCUGCUGCUACGGAGAGAUUUUCCGAUUUUUUUAUUUCCUUGACUUUUUAUCUUUCAAAAAGGGUGAACUUUUGUAUCGUUUCCGCUGGGUCGUGUUUUUAGCCGAUAUCAAAUAUCUCAACGGAUUUGAGCGUAUCUCCGAAUUCCAGAUAUAUAUAUAUAUUUUUGAAAAUACUAAUUUUCGACGAAGAUAUCGACUAAAAACUGGAUUUUGGAGGCAAUCCGUCCUUUGGGGUUAGGGUUAGGGUUAGGGAUAGGGUCUGCGUGCCCCCCCCUGUUCUUUUUCUAGAUGAUCUUAAAAUCCCGCGUAGGCGGUCCUUUCACGAGAUAUCGCCAUUGUUGUUGGCCCGUCAUGGGAGAAAAUAUCGCCAGCAGCCGCUGUGCACACACAGCCACAAACACCUACACGCGGACACACACAGGCCCAUGCCACGGGCGAAGAAGAGGAAGCUCGGCCGUGGGUCGGAUGGGCGGAUAGUUUCGAAGGCCCCGGCACAGCAACAUGAUCCUCCGGCGUCUGCCGCCGAUGUGCCUUCCGUUGGGGACGCACCCGACGACAGCAACGCUUGUGGCGGCAGCGCUUCUUCUAUGGAUGAAGAUGAGGAAGGGGCUGCGGCAAACGACGAAGACUGGUGCGAUGAGGAACCCAGCAGGACACACAGCAGUGGUGGGGGUCAGUCGAUACUGAGGUUCGCAGGGCGUGCUGUGGUAUCCGCAGCUCGCUCGGCAGCAAACGCGGCGAGAAAAACAAAACCCGCCGUGUUUUCUCUCUCACGAAGCCAGCAAUCCCGCCGCCGAAAAGCAGCUUUGGGGCGCCAAGUCGUGGGCUUGGCCGACACUAUGGGGAUGUUUCUGGAGCGUGCGCGACGGCAGCAGCAGCAGGAGGAGCGGCAGGAGGAGCAGUAAGGCGAGGAGAGCUCCUCGUUCGAUGACGAGAUUGGUCAAGUACAGGUUGCGCCGCCGAACAGCCCUUUGUGCGCAGGCAGCGAGGGUAGGAAGUGGACACCGGCAGCAACUGUGGCAGCAUCGGCAACAUGUCGAUACAGUGGGGCCAU